UCUUUGUUCAAUGUCUUUCGUCGUUCACCAGAUUUUGCCUAUUUUUGUGAUGUGAAUUGUUUUUGUGUCGCAUAAAUGUAAACUAAUUUUAUUGGUGAUGUAGUUUACAUUUCAUGUCAAUUAAUUCUUCCUGUGGAAUUAGAACAAACAAGUAGAACAGUGCAAUAAUAAGUGUCGACCUUGUGAACUGUGUAUGUAUAUUUUGUGUACAGACUGAAAGUGUUGUGUUUAAAAGUAUUAGUUAUAAACCCGUAAACAGAACUUGGAAACGGAUAAUAAUUGCAUGAUAUGAAUCGUGUUUUUUACAUGGGAAACGCAAUCGAUUAAUUUUGGACGGUAUUAUGUAUACGAUUGCGUGUGGUAAAGACCACCUGGAGAUCAGGAGAGAUUAUUUGGAACUAUGUUUACGACGACAGGAAUGGUAGCAGCACCACAGCAAGCGACUAACCAGGUCGCACAAAAUGGCAGCACCACAUUACCUCGAUCUCAUCAUCAAAGAACAGGCAGGCCACCGGCAGCUCCUAAAUCAUAUGACUAUCUCCUGAAGGUGCUUCUUGUAGGGGACUCUGAUGUGGGGAAACAAGAAAUUCUCCAAGACCUUGAGGAUGGAUCUGCAGAUUCACCAUUCUGCAGUGGAAGUGCUUAUAAAACUACAACAAUCCUAUUGGAUGGUAAAAGAGUGAAACUGCAGCUGUGGGACACCUCAGGCCAGGGUCGGUUCUGUACAAUAAUUCGCUCAUACUCUCGUGGUGCUCAAGGUAUACUACUGGUCUAUGAUAUAACAAACAAAUGGUCUUUCGAUAGCAUAGACAGGUGGCUAGAAGAAGUUGAAAAGCAUGCACCAGGUGUACCUAAAGUGUUAGUCGGCAACCGCUUGCAUCUCGCAUUCAAACGUCAAGUACAAGAACGUGAUGCGGAACAGUAUGCUGCCAAGAAUCAUAUGGCAUUUUUCGAAGUCAGUCCACUCUGCGACUUUAACAUUCGAGAGAGCUUCUGUGAAUUAUCCCGAAUGGCAUUGCACAGGAAUGGCAUGGAGAGACUCUGGAGAAGCAAUAAAGUUCUCAGUCUUCAAGAGCUGUGUUGUCGUGCGAUAGUGGCGCGCACGUCCGUGUACGGUCUGGAGCGACUACCACUGCCCACCACGUUGAAGUCUCAUCUGAAGUCGUACGCGAUAUCCGCAGCCCCCAGCAGACAUCGAGCUCGGCCACCGAAGCACCCUCACAACACCAGGCUCAACUGUACAGGUCGGAACUCUUGCACUAUUACGUGAAAAACCCAACUCCCGUAGCUUUAUGCCCGGUUCACACUUUGCAAUACAGUUUGACAGUUGCAUCUCCAGUAAUAGAUUGUAUGGACUCUCUGAUGCUAGUUCAUACCAGUUGAUUGUCAGUCCAGUUGAGCGCCAACUGUAUUGAAUAGGUGUAAACCCACCCGUUAGUUCCAGCCUUUUAUAAUAUGCACUGACGGAAUGGAUUUAUUCGUGCCUCGUCUGUAUUUCUAUUUGACUAAUUGCCAUUCGGAUUUUGGAAGGAUAAAAAAAGCUAUUUUUCUAGUCUAUUUUAUAGAUAUAAAACUUUUGUUAAUGGGGCAAAGAGAUUUGAUUAUUAAUGUUUGAAUGCCUCGUUUUCACGUUUAAUUUUCUCUGUCACGUAUUUAAAAUCAAUUAUUAAAUGUUUUUAUGCAUAAAUGUAGAAUAAAAUGUGGUAAUUUGAUGCAUUCGAAUAUAAUUGAAUCAAAUAAAAUCUUACAACGAAAACUUUCUAAAUUUUUGCACUGUCCAAUGUUCUUUGAAAAACGUUUUUAAUGUGAAAUUUAAUAUGAUAAUGUAUUAAAAUAAAAUGUAAGUUAACAUCUUCACAAUUAAGACUAUUAUCUAUACAACUUGCUUAUAUAAGAUUUAUUUGUUACUUGUAUAAUAUGAAAAGGCGAUGUUAACACAAUUGAAUUUACGACACAUUUUGAUGUUAUUCUACAACUU